GGCGGGGCAGCGUUUAGCGGCGGGUCUCGUCGGCGCCGCGGAGCGAGGCAGGGAUAAGCCCCGCGGGGUCAGGCGGGCGCCGCGGACCGGGACCGGGGCAGCGGCAGCCAUGGCAGCCGGCCGGCGGGACGAGGCGCCGCUCCGCGCCGGGCUUGCCGCGCUCCUCUGCGCCCUCCAUGUGUGGGCUGCUUGUCAGGAUGCCACUGUCACGCAGGAGCUUCUGAAAGAGGGGUUUCACAGGGACCUGCUGGUGAAGGUAGAACUUGGUGUACUGGGGGAAGAUGCAGGAGGAUGCGCAGUGGCAGCUAGAACUCGUCUUCCUCCAGGAAUCUACGUGGAUCCCUAUGAGCUGGCAUCGCUGCAGCAGCACAAUUUAACAAAGGCGGUGUUAAUUCCUGAUGUCAUUGAUGUGGAGGCCCCUGAGUACUUAGCUACAGAUCUUCUUCUUCUCCUGUACAUGGAACCUGACCCUCGGUGCUCUCGCUGUUUUAAAGCUGCCUUGCCUGUGCACGGGCGGUACCACCGGCCGGCAGAAGAGAGUGAGGAAGCAUUGAUUGUUCUGAAGAGCCCAGAAGUACUGGUCUGCUGCUGUGACAAUCGCCUGUCAGCAGAGUGUUGGAAGCCUGCUGAAGUGGAAGCUCCCUGUUCGGGCAAAACUGACAGCCCCUGUCAGUGGUACAGCGUAACGCAUAAACCUAUACCUGCAGACAUCCUGGAUAUCUGCUGCUCUUGUCCAAAAACAUUUUGGAGCUUCCUGCAUCACAGAGAAAGCACACAGUUGUUUGCCCUGGAGAAAACUGGCUUCUCAGUGAUCUGCAAAAUGCUCAUUCUGAGAGCUUCUCUCCUCCAUGCUGUAUUACAUACAUAUCCUCAAUGGCAAACCUAUUGCAAGAACAAAGAUACAGGGGAUAGAAAUGGCUACCUUUUAAAAUGGUAGCAGGUAAAUUUACUGAGCUUUGCACUGCAGGAGCGGCUGGUGCUCUGUUUGCUGUAAAUUGAAAGGUGAUGUCCAUCUUGGUUUUGAUUUUGAAUCCCAGAAAAAGCCUUAGCAAAGGGCUAAUUAAAUAAUGGUCUGGUUACUAAUCCUCUAAGUUGCAGUCAAAAAGAAAUAGCUUGUUAAAUGCAUGUAAUCCAUUUAUUUUCUUUGUAGGCUUAUGAGGAAUCGAUUUUGCAGGUUCCAGUGGGGCUCAGGAAACAUAGUUCCUUAGUGUGUGUUGUGACUCUUCUUGCCACGGUGCUCUGUUCCACUCUGAUUCUCGCAGCUGUAUGCAAACACGGACACUUCUCCCCGGUGACCUGCUCAGAAUAAAGAAAUACAGAAUGGCUGACCUCCAUCCAGCAAAACUAACUGAAUAUUACAUCAGCUUCCUAAAUUAA